AUGGAAUGGAGUGAUGAACUUAGUUUAAAAUUAAUAGACUGCUAUCGAAGCAAUCCUAUACUGUGGGACCCGAAAGACAAACAUUUUAAAUUAUCGAAAAAGAAAAUGGCCGUCUAUGAGGGUAUAGCCGAUGAGUUUAAUUGCGACGUUGCCGAGGUGAAGAAAAAACUGGAGAGUCUGCUAACUUCCUACCGACGAGAGAGACGUCGUGAAGGUACCGCCUGCCCCGGGAUGGGAUCGGAGGAAGUCUAUCACUCGAAAUGGUUCGCCUUUAAAGCCAUGCAGUUCUUAAACGAUAAAUUUAGGCCGAGGAAAUCGCACAACACUGAAACUGUACUGUUACAGGAGGAAAAUAAUUGUUUUGAGGACAACGAAGAAGCACAAAACAUUGCACAAAAACAAGAAUAUACAGACGAUGAUGAAGAUGCACUUGAAGAAGACGAUACUACACAGAGUUUAAGUGCUGGGAAAAAUAAACGUAGAAAGUUAUUCGCCUCGCCUAAACCAGUCUUCAAAAUACAAGCUCACGAAGAUCCACGCAUAGACACCGCACUGGAUAUACUACAAACUAUUAAGGAGAAAAAACAAAUCAGAACCGAAAAAAAUGAAUGUGUCCUUUUUGGUGAAUACCUGGCAAGCCAGCUUAUGAAGUUUGAUGAUCACACACGUGCCAUUGUUAAACAUUCGAUAGGAAAUAUUCUAUUCGAUGCCGAAAUGGGAAGAUAUCGGAAAGGGCAAGAUCUUUUUCCCAACAGAACACCAGUUAUGACGUCGACACAUUCACCAACGCCUACUGCGGUUUCACCAAGUUACGACCAGCAGGAUAACAAGUUCAUAAUCGGGACUUGGAGUCAUAGUGGAGAGAUCUUGGAAUAAAGGUCCACAUGUAUGACCUUUGUUAUCUCCAACUGUUUUAUUUAAC